AUGCAAUCAUCCGCUUGCAACCUCACUUCUUCCCAAUUACAGCCUCCACCCUUUCGCCGACACCACCACCACUUUUCGCCACGACUCCGCCUCAAGGAGCCAAGUGGGACUCGCAUCGUCGACGGACCACACCUCGACACCCCCACAGACACUGAGCGGGCCUGUGCGAGAACGCCUGGCGGAUUCAUUCAGUUAUCGCGAGAUGAACGCCAUGGGGCUGGUCGCUUUGACGCCGGCCGAGCGGCAGCUGUGGCCGGAGGAAAGCAUACGUAUUUUGCGGCCGCCUUGUUGGCGACCGGGAUGGGGAUGGAGGCAGAUUAA